CAACAAAAGAAAGACCAGUCCAAAUUUUAUGGAGAUUUACUGGAGAAAAGAAGAACAGAUGAUGAAAAGAAUCAAGAAAAGAAACGACUAAAAGAUGUAAAGGCGAAGGAAAAUAAACGAAGGUUUGAUGAUCGACAUUGGACCGACAAAACUUUACCGGAAAUGACAGAGAGAGACUGGCGUAUUUUUAAGGAGGACUAUAAUAUCAGUUGCAAAGGAGGCCGAAUACCAAACCCUAUCAGGAAAUGGAAAGAAGCGAGCUUGCCUAAAGAUCUGCUUGACAUUAUAGACUCUAUUGGUUACAAGGAGCCAUCACCUAUUCAGAGACAGGCAAUUCCCAUUGGCUUACAGAACCGUGAUGUCAUCGGUAUUGCGGAAACUGGCAGCGGUAAAACUGCCGCCUUCCUUAUCCCUCUUCUUCAAUGGAUUACAUCGCUACCAAAAAUAGAAAGGAAAAUAGACAUAAUUGAUAAGGGACCAUAUGCCAUAAUUCUGGCACCGACUCGUGAAUUAGCCCAGCAAAUAGAAGAGGAAACGAUCAAAUUUGGAAAGUCAAUUGGUAUCCGAACUGUAGCAGUUAUUGGUGGUAUUUCGAGAGAGGAGCAAGGGUUCAAACUCCGCCAGGGAUGCGAGAUUGUAAUAGCUACGCCAGGACGUCUUAUUGAUGUUUUAGAAAAUAGGUACCUAGUUUUAGCCCAAUGCACAUAUGUGGUAUUGGACGAGGCUGAUCGUAUGAUAGACAUGGGUUUCGAGCCGGACGUGCAACAAAUACUGGAAUAUCUUCCGGUCACCAACAUGAAACCGGACAAUGAUGAUGCAGAAGAUAAUGAAAAGAUGCUGGCCAACUUCAACACAACACAGAAAUAUAGACAGACGGUGAUGUUCACAGCCACUAUGCCACCGACGGUAGAGAAACUGGCCAGGAAAUAUUUGCGACGACCGGCUGUUGUUUACAUAGGCUCAGCCGGUAAACCAACAGAACGUUGUGAACAGAUUGUAUACAUGAUGAAUCAACAAGAGAAAAGGAAGAAGUUACUGGAGAUUCUACAGGCAGGAAUAGAUCCUCCAAUCCUCAUCUUUGUUAACCAGAAGAAAGGUGUUGACGUUCUUGCUAAAUCCUUGGAGAAGAUGGGAUUCAACGCAACAACACUUCAUGGUGGUAAAGGUCAGGAACAGAGAGAGUUUGCUUUGGCUAGUUUAAAGGGAGGAACAAAAGAUAUCCUGGUAGCUACAGAUGUCGCUGGUCGUGGUAUAGACAUAAAAGAUGUCUCUCUGGUCAUCAAUUAUGAUAUGGCGAAGAAUAUUGAAGAUUACACACAUCGUAUUGGUCGUACAGGACGUGCUGGAAAAUCUGGUGUAGCUAUUACUUUUCUUACUAAAGAGGACAAUUUGGUGUUCUAUGACCUAAAACAAGUGAUAAUGGCAAGUCCAGUAUCCUCAUGCCCACCGGAACUUGCAAAUCACCCAGACGCUCAGAAUAAACCAGGUGUGGCUGUUUUUAAAAAGCGGAAAGAUGAAACAGUGUUUAUUAAUUAAUGUUAUCAGAGAAAAUGUAAAACUGUUACACUGGAUAAACGAUUAGUUGUUUUGACUCAGAAAGUUUUUGUUACGGUCUUAUUGCUUUCUUUAUGAAAGAUACAUAUA